CAAGUCAGAAAAAAUGCAUUUUGCCAAAGACGCAUGAGUUGUAUUGACGUAUGCAAUAUCGUUUAGUGCCAAAGCUAUCUUAAGUAUUAUUGUAUUUAAAUAGCUUAUUUUUCCAACAACAGUGUAUGCGUCAGGUUUAAUUCAGUCAUUUAACAAGAAUAGGCGUGAAAAUCUGUGAAAAUGAGGAAGAUUACACUUAUGUUGAUAGUGCUGCUCGGAGUGACACACUUUAUAUUGCCAAGCCGAUGUGAAGAGGAUGCAAAGGAUGAUUCAGCAGAAAAUCUUGGUGAAGAAGAUGUGGAUGAAGAUGAUGAUGACACUGAAGUUAAGGAUGAGAAUGGGGUGCUGGUCUUGACCGAUGCAAACUUUGACACCUUCAUGGAGGGCAAAGACACAGUAUUGGUUGAGUUUUAUGCACCUUGGUGUGGCCACUGCAAACAGUUUGUCCCGGAGUAUGAGAAAAUCGCUAAGGUGCUUCAAGACAACGACCCAUCUAUUCCAGUGGCAAAGGUUGAUGCCACUCAGGCUAAAGCCCUGGGCAGUAGGUUUGAAGUGUCUGGAUAUCCCACCAUCAAAAUCUUCAAAAAGGGGGAGCCAAUAGACUACGAUGGGGACCGAAGCGAGCAAGCCAUUGUGAAACGUGUUAAAGAAGUUGCCCAACCAGACUGGAAACCUCCUCCAGAGGCCACCAUUGUCUUGACUAAAGAGAAUUUUGAUGAUGUGGUGAACAAUGCAGACAUCAUCUUGGUGGAGUUUUAUGCACCCUGGUGUGGUCACUGUAAAAGACUUGCGCCCGAGUAUGAAACGGCUGCUAAGGAGCUCAGCCAUCGCACUCCUCCUAUUCCAUUGGGUAAAGUUGAUGCCACUGAAGAGAGUGAUUUAGCAACCCGGUUUGGAGUUUCUGGCUACCCAACACUUAAAAUCUUCAGGAAGGGCAAGGCUUUUGACUACAACGGACCAAGGGAGAAGUUUGGCAUUGUUGAUUACAUGACAAACCAGGCAGGGACUCCGUCAAAGCAAGUUCAGACUCUCAAACAAGUUCAGGAGAUCCUAAAAGACGGAGACGAUGUUGCGAUUGUUGGAGUUUUCUCUGGUGAAGAAGAUGCUGCAUAUGAGAAGUAUCAAGAAGCAUGUAACUCCUUGCGGGAAGACUACAAGUUUCUACAUACGUUUGAUAGCGAAGUUGCAAAAUUCCUCAAGGCUUCCCCAGGACAAGUUGUCAUGCUUCAUCCUGAACGGUUUAGAUCUAAAUAUGAGCCAGCAUCUCAUUCAAUAACAGUUAAAGAUUCCACACUUGCUUCAGAAGUGCAAGAUUUCUUCAAGAAGCAUGCACUGCCUUUGGUUGGACAUAGAAAACAAAGCAAUGAUGCAAAGAGAUACACCAAACGACCUCUUGUGGUUGUAUAUUAUGGAGUAGACUUCAGUUUUGAUUACAGAGUUGCGACACAGUUUUGGAGAAGCAAAGUGCUUGAAGUAGCGAAGGACUUCCCCGAGUACACAUUCGCCAUUGCGGAUGAGGAAGACUAUGCUGAUGAACUGAAGAGCCUUGGAUUGAGUGAUAGUGGUGAAGAGGUGAAUGUUGGCAUUCUUGGUGAGGGAGGAAAGAAAUAUGCCAUGGAACCAGAAGAAUUUGACACGGAUGUGCUUCAUAGCUUUGUUAUGGCCUUUAAAAAAGGCAAGAUGAAACCCAUUGUGAAGUCUCAACCUAUUCCCAAGAGCAACAAAGGACCAGUGACGGUUGUGGUGGGCAAAAAUUUCGAUGAGAUUGUCAUGGAUGCCAAGAAAGACGUCCUAAUUGAAUUUUAUGCUCCGUGGUGUGGCCACUGUAAAAAGAUGGAGCCAGAUUACAUUGCUCUCGGAAAGAAAUACAAGAAUGAGAAGAAUCUCGUCAUCGCCAAAAUGGAUGCCACCGCUAAUGAUGUGCCCCAUGAGAGUUAUAAAGUAGAGGGUUUCCCUACAAUCUACUUUGCUCCCAGCAACAGCAAGCAGAGCCCAGUCAAACUUGAAGGCGGUAAAAGGGACUUCGAGGAACUGAGCAAGUUUGUGGAAAAGCACGCCACAAAAUUAUCACAGAAAAAAGAUGAGCUCUAAGAGAUUCAGAGAAACCAUGAACUUUAUAUAAUUGCAGUUCCCAUUAAAUGGAAGUUCUCUGGAGGAAUUGGUGACCUUCAGGAAAAAGAAUGUUUUGAUUUAUUUUUGUCAUUUUUAUUUUGUUUCUGGGAUCAAAACGUUCAGAAAUAUCAUUCCAAACCAAGCACUGUAAAUUAUAUUUCUUCCUCGAAGUCUUUUAAAUAAAACAUUUAAAUUGA